AUGGUGAACACAGACGCCAUUAGAACUGUUGUUGGGAUCAUUGGUAAUGUCAUCUCUUUCGGCUUGUUUACGUCCCCAAUCCCAACAUUUGUAAAGAUAAUUAAGGACAAAUCAGUUGGAGAUUUCAAGGCGGAUCCUUAUGUAGCAACUUUGCUUAAUUGUGCUAUGUGGUCCUUUUAUGGCCUUCCCAUUGUCCAUCCUGACAGUCUCCUCGUUGUUACGAUCAAUGGCGCUGGCUUCUUCAUCGAACUCAUCUAUGUUUCAAUCUUUCUCUUAUAUUCUCCUGCCCAAAAACGGCGAAAAAUCAUCAGUGCUCUUCUGGUUGAAGCAAUCUUUUUUGCCGUUGUGGUUUUUAUUACUAUUCACGUUUUCCAUACCACUAAAGACAGGUCUAUGAUAAUUGGGAUUUUGUGUAUUGUCUUCAAUAUCAUUAUGUAUGCAUCACCCUUAACAGUCAUGAAAAUGGUCAUCAAGACAAAAAGUGUCAAGUACAUGCCAUUUGCCCUCUCGCUCGCCAACUUUUGCAAUGGAGUUGUCUGGUCUAUUUAUGCACUCCUCAAGUUUGACCCCUAUGUUCUGAUUCCUAAUGGUUUGGGAUCGCUUUCGGGCCUGGUGCAACUCAUAUUGUAUGGCACUUACUACAGAACCACUAACUGGGAUGAUAACGAUGAAAAGCCAAAACCUGAAGUUGAACUCCCUAAAGUUUAG